AUGGUGCACACCAACGUCGUUAUCAUCGGCUCCGGCCCCGCCGCCCACACUGCGGCCAUCUACCUCUCCCGCGCCGAACUCAAGCCCGUCCUCUAUGAGGGUAUGCUGGCUAACGGCACCGCCGCCGGCGGUCAGCUUACCACCACCACCGACAUCGAGAACUUCCCCGGUUUCCCGGAUGGCAUUGGCGGUGGAGAGUUGAUGGAGAACAUGCGCAAGCAAUCCGUUCGCUUCGGUACGGAGGUUAUCACCGAGACCAUCACCAAGGUCGACUUCUCCCAGAGACCCUUCAAGCUGUGGACGGAAUGGAGUGACGGUCCCACCGACGAGCCCGCUCACACUGCUGACGCCGUCAUCAUCGCCACUGGCGCCAACGCUCGUCGCCUCAACCUCCCCGGUGAGGAGAAGUACUGGCAGAACGGUAUCAGCGCCUGCGCCGUCUGCGACGGUGCUGUGCCCAUCUUCCGCAACAAGCCCCUCUUCGUUAUCGGUGGUGGUGACUCCGCCGCCGAGGAGGCUAUGUUCCUGGCCAAGUACGGCAGCAGCGUCACUGUCCUUGUCCGUAAGGACAAGCUCCGUGCCAGCAAGGCCAUGGCCAACCGUCUCCUGUCCCACCCCAAGGUCACCGUCCGCUUCAACUCCGUCGCCACCCAGGUGCUCGGUGAGGAGAAGCCCAACGGCCUGAUGACCCACCUCAAGGUCAAGAACGUCGUCUCCGGCGAGGAGGAGGUUGUUGACGCCAACGGUCUCUUCUACGCUGUCGGUCACGACCCCGCCACCUCCCUGGUCAAGGGCCAGAUCAAGCUCGACGAGGACGGAUACAUCGUCACCCAGCCCGGCACCAGCUACACCAGCGUUGAGGGUGUCUUCGCUUGCGGUGACGUCCAGGACAAGCGCUACCGCCAGGCCAUCACCAGUGCCGGAUCCGGCUGCAUUGCCGCUCUCGAGGCCGAGAAGUACAUCGCCGAGCGCGAGUCCGGCGAGGAGCCCGCCACCUCCACCGAGAAGGCCGCCGUCAAGCCUGCCACCCAGGAGGUCAACGGCGAAGUCAAGCAGGACGGUGAGGGUGCCGCCGCCGAGUACAAGUCCAACCCUCUGCUUUAA